AUGCCAAAAGCAACGACAAGAUCUGAUGCUGCUGCAAGCGAUUCCUCUCCACAAACCCUAAAUCUAACGGACCGCACCGCGCCCCGUCGACAGCGCGCCAACUCUGUUCAAUCAUCUGACUCCGACCCAACCUCUUCCUCAGGCUCAUCUUCAGAAGAUGAUAGCGAUAGCGAAAAGGAAGACGAACAACACUCCGAGCAGGAAAUGAAUGGGACUGGAGAGUCGACCAUCCAUGCACAUGGCUCUGAUCCAUCCUCCUCACUACCUCACAUCGCCGGCCGCCCAAAACCGCGCAUACAUCGCAUGAAAGGCGAUUCGGGACUUUUGUCGCGGCUCAACGCUUUCUUGCCAAAGAUGAAGAAUGCAAAUGAGGAUUUACAGAGGCAAAUUGAAGCUGGGGAGGCUGGGGAUCUGGUUCUCGACAAUGCGGACGAGAACGGAGAGCAGUAUAUUGAGAUGGAUCUUGGUCUUGGGGUUUUGGAAGAGAAGCGGGAUGGUGAUUCUUCAAGUGACGAGGAGACUGAUGACGAAGGGUCUAAGGGUACCACUGGGGCUGGGAAGACCCCUCAGGAGAUGAACGACUCAGACAUCAUUGGGAAGCUUAUGGGAGGUAAGAGUAAAAAGUCGAAUACGGAUAAGCCGUCUAUCGAGGAGAUGGUAUGA